CAAAACAGGAAGAGCGCAGGGUGGGCGGUGAUUGGCUGAGAGACCCGGCAGCUGUCAGCAGGAGUCCCGCCCCCCGUCAGAGUGUCGAGUCUACGAGGAAAAAAGUUAAGAAAUAUGAAAUCAAACUAAGUCAACAAAGUUUAAAAGAAAAGAAAGGAGUAAAGGAGCCAGGAGGAGCCAACAUGGCGGCGGUCGGAACAGCUGGAUGUUAGCGCGGAGCUGUGUGCAGCAUCAGGCCGGGCUGUGAGCGCCUGUCGGCAGGGAAGCAGCAUGAAGCAGUCCGGGCACGGUGCAUCAUGGCCGCUGUGACAGUCAACACCAGCACCGUCAUGACGGAGUCCAACGGAGGCUCGGAGCCCCGCAACCUGCCUCCGGGACCGGGAGGAGGAGGGGGCAGGUCGGCGGACAGCUGGAAGAGAGACAUCAUCCGUCAGCUGCAGCACCGAGACCGUAACCAGCACGCCAUGUUCCAGGACCUGAUCCGCUUCUACUCUCAGCUACUGGAGAAAAGCAGCCUGGCCAAAGGGAUACUGAGCUGCUCCACCAGACGUCCCUCCUCUGACAGCAGCAGCUCCCUCUCCUCUCUGCUCCACCUCAACAAGCAGCUGAAGACGACCACAGGAGAGUUGGCCUAUCAGGUGGUGGAGCUGCAGCAGAACGUUAAGAUCAAAGAAAGUGUUCUGGAGGAGCAGCGUGCCAGACUGUUGGAGGACGAGCGACGGCGGGCGGCUGCGUUGGACGCUCGUCGGGCGCUGCAGGAGAGGGUGGCGCAGGUGCGUGAGGAGAACGGGGCAUUGAAGAUGGAGUAUGACACCCUGCUGGAGGGUCAGCGGCGUGCAGAGAGCAAACUGAGGGAGGAGAAGGUGAGAGGAGGUCACCUGCUGGAGGACAUGAUCCACCUGAAACAACAGGCCGCCGCCCGCAUGAACACCCGCAACGAACGCAGGUCCAGAGCUCGAGAGGCUAACCUGCAGAAAGAGCUGCAGAUAGCUGUGAGGUCAAAGGUCAACAUAGAAAGCUGCUCGAGCGCUCCGACCUCCAGAUCCACGUCUCCUAAGAACGACCAGAACCCAGAGUCCAACCAGAGAGGACACACACGCCUGUUCAGGUCGGCGUCGGUGACGUCUCCGAGGAUCCUCUCGUCCAUCAGAGAGUUGUUUCACAGGAAGAGGCGGGGCCACUCAGUGUGCAGCCUGGAGGAGGAUCUGAUCAGUCCUGCAAGAAUCUGUGUCUCUGCCCGAGUCCCUGUGAGAGCUCGCCAAGUCAUACAGGAGGCUCAUGAGCAGGGCAUUAACGCUGUGAGGUUCAGCUCCAGCUCCGACUUGUUGGCGACCGGAGGAACCGACCGAGUCAUCAAACUGUGGGAGGUCAGAGCAGGCCUGCUGACUCACAGACUGACCCUGGACGGCAGCACAGAGGGGAUCACCUGCAUCGACUUUGACCCCGCGGGCUCCAGGAUCCUCGCUUCUUCCUACGAUAAGUCCGCCCUGUUGUGGCGACUGGACGACUCCGUUGCCAAGCUGACUCUGACAGGUCACAGCAGGAAGGUGACGGCGGCGAGGUUCAGCCCUUUGCUCCACCAGGUGGUGACGGGGAGCGCGGACAGAACCAUCAGACUGUGGGACCUGCAGCGAGCCGCCUGUGUGCAGGUAGCUGGAGUGACCUCGUACUGCAGCGACCUCGUUUGUUCUGAGAACUGCAUCAUCAGCGGACACUUCGACUGCAAGAUCAGAGUGUGGGACACCAGGACGAUCGGCUGUGUUCAGGAACUCCCCGCUCAGGGUAAAGUCACCUCAUUGGACAUCAGCUCUGACCACCGUCAGCUGCUCAGCUGUUGUCGUGACGACUGCCUCCAGAUGGUCGACCUGAGGAGGGGGAGCAACGACCGUGUGUGUUUCAGAGCGGAAGGAUUUAAAUGCGGCAGUGACAGCACCAAGGCUGUGAUCAGUCCGGACGGUUGCUUCCUGGCAGCUGGCUCAGCAGACGGAGCUGUUUACAUCUGGAACGUCUCCACGGGAAACCUGGAGACACGCCUACCUGACCAACACAGCUCGUCCAUCAGUGCUGUGGCCUGGUCUCUGUCGGGUGAAUACGUCGUCAGUGUGGAUAGAAGUAGGCUGGCCAUCCUCUGGAGCGACAUCUGAAACGACCAAUCCAUAGAGAGGUCAUGUUGUCACGGCAACACCCCACACAGCACGCCUCACUUUCAGACACAAACCGGUCUGAGAGCUGUCAAAGGGAACAGCUGGGUUUCGGUGUUUCUCAGCCUGUUUUUUAUUGGACAAGAGGGAUGUGAAACUUUCUGUUUGGUGCUUUUUUAAUCUUUUACAUUUUCUAACAGAACUGAGAAGAAUUCCUGAAACUUUUCUUCCAGCUUUCAGCUUUUGAACUGACAACAACGACAAAGGGAAACCUGAAUCAAAAACCACUGACCUUGUUUGUAACCUUUAAUAUCAAAAACAUUUGUAAUAUUUACCAUCAGAGCCGCCAUUGGGCAGAUUGAACUAAACCUGACCUUCUUUCAAACGAGGUUAAACCUACAGACGUGAAAAGAAACCCACCACAGGCGGACCCCAUGGUGGUCCAGGAGCAAAGGAGUGAAACCCAACCAUGGUGUCAUCACAUUACUCAAACUGAGGACCAGACUUUAUGGCCACGUGUUGGCGUCCACGACCAGCUGACAUCACCGUCUAACCAACUGAUGUGCAGGACGUAAACUCCCGUCAUGGAGACACUGGAGGAGGUCACUGCUGAGAUCAGAAGGAACAGAAUAUUAACAUCAAUAAUCAAAAGUUACAUCAGAUCAGAUCAGACUGAACACACCGUCUGCUCCUUUUCCUCCAGGCACGGACGUAACGGUCGCUUUUCCUCGUCGACAUCUAAAACCGAACGGAUCCGUCGCAGAUAUUCUGACGGUGACACAUCAUACACAUGACUCUACACUGCCCCUACUGGUCAGUUGUAGUUCAAGGCAAGUUUGACAUAUCCAACCCAAAAGGAUCCGUAGAGAUCGUUAACGAAUAAGAAGAGUAAAGGUGCCAAGCGCACUGAUUUGUAUCAGUUUAUACAAAAAAUGGAAGGUUUGAUCUUUUCAUCCUUUUGAAACACUUUUUCUGCUUUAGCCUCAUCUUCUGUGUCUUUGUGGUCGUUAGCGUAAAAAAACCCUGAUGACUCACGGCCUGGAACUUGUAGCACUCAGCCUGAGCCAUGAAUUACUUUUUUUUAUUUUUUUCUCUUCAUCCACCUGAAGAAGAAGUUCAAGUUCACGAAAAAAAUGAAACGCUGCCGGAUUUUUAAAAGUUUUAAUCCUCGUUCAGCUUCUGAAAGUGUUUUUAUUUCACAGCAGAUCUGUGACUGAUUUUCUGAUGUGAGGAGAGAUGGUUGAUGGUUGACGAUGUCUCUGGUAAAUGUGUGAACAUUUCACCCGGCCAGCGCACGAGUCAAACCGCUGCAAGCGAGCGAGCAGGAGGUGGUGCUGACUCAUCACGUAAUCGGUAUAAUCUUCAUCCACGUUUACAGCUGCUUCUCUCACACUCAUUCGCUGACGCGUCAAAAACAGCCAUCAUAGUGCCAAUCUUUGCUCCGCCCUCCAUCUUGGAUGUCUGCAGCAUCUUCUUCACGUCACUCGAGGCGCCGACAGAGGAAACUUGUGAUAAUAACGUUAUCGGAGCAGACCGAACUAAACGAUCCCUGAGAGGUGAUCAUCCUCUGAACAAACACUGAGCCCUCUGUGAUGUCAGCAGUGAAGAAAAAGAAGAAGCAGAGCUGUCACAGUGUGAGCUUCUUCCUGCGAGCCGCUGAAGCGUCUCGUCUGAUUUACAUUUAAAAGGCGUCGGCAGUAAUCCUCCGCUCGGCCUCUCGGCUUUGAAGAGUGAAGUCAGCCGCUUCAAAGAGACGAGUCAACAGCUCUGAUGUCUCCACACAUCAAACCGACUCAUUGAGAUCCAUUUCUCUCCUCGUUUCACUGAUUCAUCAAGGUGACACAAACAAUCCUCCACCAAUCAGACGCUCAGGAUGCUCGUUACUAAGCGCAUCACGUCUUUGUACGUUCAUAUUGAUUCUGUGACGGCGUUAUAUCGGCGUCCCAGUCUGUGAGGUCACAUUGUGUUUCAGAGUUUCAGAAGCACGGCACAGCGGGAGCUCCACACACACACAGUCAGACAUGCACACACACACACACACACACACACACACACACACACAGUCAGACAUGCACACACACAGUCAGACAUGCACACACACACACACAGUCAGACAUGCACACACACACACACACACACAGUCAGACAUGCAUACACACACACACAGUCAGACAUGCACACACACACACACACACACACACACAGUCAGACAUGCACACACACACACACACACACACACACACACACACAGUCAGACAUGCACACACACACACACACAGUCAGACAUGCACACACACACACACACACACAGUCAGACAUGCACACACACACACACACACAGUCAGACAUGCACACACACACACACACACACAGUCAGACAUGCACACACACACACACACACACAGUCAGACAUGCACACACACACACACACAGUCAGACAUGCACACACACACACACACACAGUCAGACAUGCACACACACACACACACACACACACACACAGUCAGACAUGCACACACACACACACACACACACACACAGUCAGACAUGCACACACACACACACACACAGUCAGACAUGCACACACACACACACACACACACACACACAGUCAGACAUGCACACACACACACACACACACACACACAGUCAGACAUGCACACACACACACACACACACACACACACACACGCACAUGCACACACACACACACACACACACACAGUCAGACAUGCACACACACACACACACACACACACACACACACACAGUCAGACAUGCACACACACACACACAGUCAGACAUGCACACACACACACACACACACACACACACACACACACACACACACACACAGUCAGACAUGCACACACACAGUCAGACAUGCACACACACACACACACACACACACACAGUCAGACAUGCACACACACACACACACACACACAGUCAGACAUGCACACACACACACACACACACACACACACAGUCAGACAUGCACACACACACACACACACACACACACACACAGUCAGACAUGCACACACACACACACACACACACACACACACACACACACACACACACACAGUCAGACAUGCACACACACACACACACACACACACACACACACACACAGUCAGACAUGCACACACACACACACAGUCAGACAUGCACACACACACACACACACACACACACACAGUCAGACAUGCACACACACACACACACACACACAGUCAGACAUGCACACACACACACACACACACACACACACACACACACACACACACACAGUCAGACAUGCACACACACUCACUGUGUCCCCUCCAUUAGGGGCGUAAAUAUCUCACCUUGAAACCGCUGGCGGAUAAAUUAACAUUAACAGGAACGUCGGAUUAAAACCAGGAAGAUGUACUUUUUAUUUCAUGAGGACUUUAAAGGUUGACAGAAAGACGUGUGAUUCAAACGACAAUGAUGUCAGAGACCGUGAUGUCAGAGACUGUGAUGUCAGAGACUGUGAUGUCAGAGACCGUGAUGUCAGAGACUGUGAUGUCAGAGACCGUGAUGUCAGAGACCGUGAUGUCAGAGACUGUGAUGUCAGAGACUGUGAUGUCAGAGACCGUGAUGUCAGAGACCGUGAUGUCAGAGACCGUGAUGUCAGAGACUGUGAUGUCAGAGACCGUGAUGUCAGAGACUGUGAUGUCAGAGACCGUGAUGUCAGAGACCGUGAUGUCAGAGACCGUGAUGUCAGAGACUGUGAUGUCAGAGACCGUGAUGUCAGAGACCGUGAUGUCAGAGACUGUGAUGUCAGAGACCGUGAUGUCAGAGACCGUGAUGUCAGAGACCGUGAUGUCAGAGCGUUGUCGUGUCGGCCAAUCAGCUCUGACGGCUGGUUCAGUUUGGUCUCUCGUGUUUUGUUUGGGUUUACUGUCUUUAAAACACGUUUCUGUUUCCUCAUGAAGAACCUUUGAUGACUGGUAAUGUAAACAUGACGUACAAAGAUUCAAACAAGGGAAACACGUUCUCUUCUUUUUGAUUGUGUUUUAUUUAUUCAGUGAUUUCAUUCUGCUUGUUUUUGCUUUCUGACCUUGUGUAACCUUCAGGGACCUUUGAAUUAAAUGGGACACUUGAA